CGUCAAUACGGCCCAAUCGGUGGCCCCCCCUGCAGGUACAGACUUUCCAUGGUUCCCCGGCAGUGUCUCUUUACCCAUCACCCCCAUCACCCCCAUCAUCCUCCGCCAUCCCCUCUAUAUAUACGUUGUUACCGCCGUGUCGUUCAACUCUGUUCUCACUUGUCAGUCUGGAUCUCCUGCAAACUGCCCGAUACUCGAAUCCCUUCCAUUCCCCGCACCUGACAAUCCAACUACGCACAACCUGCUCUCAGUCAUGGCAACCACAGUAGAAGCCCUCGAUCACGCACCGUUGGAAGUCGACACCGAUCCAGAAUUCUCGUCGUCAGACUACUCCUCGAGCCUCGAGAGUUCCACUCACAGCAUAACCUCGUCCAUCGUCGACUACGUAUACGAGAAUGGUCGCCGCUAUCACCGAUUGCAGGAGGGUAAGUACCUGUUGCCCAACGACGAGACGGAGCAAGACCGUCUCGAUAUGUACCACCACCUGCAGCUACUGCUCCUCAAGGGCGCUCUCUUCGUCGCUCCCAUCGGCGAUAACCCCCAGCACAUCCUCGACUGCGGCACCGGCACGGGAAUCUGGGCACUAGAUGCCGGAGAGCUCUACCCAAUGGCGGAAGUCGUCGGUGUGGAUCUGAGCCCCAUCCAGCCCGAGUGGGUUGUCCCCAACGUCCGUUUUGAAGUCGACGAUCUCGAGAUGGACUGGACCUUCCGCAAGGACUACUUUGACUUCAUCCACUCUCGCAACGUCGCGCAAAGUAUCCGCGACUGGCCGAAAUAUUUGGAGCAGAUGUACCGACACACAAAGCCCGGCGGCUACGUCGAGCUGGCCGAGAUCGGCCUGCACUCGUACUGCGACGACAACUCUUACAAGGGCUCUGCGCUGGAGACGUACAUCGUGAGCUUCGUGAAGGCGAUCGAGAUCGCCAGCCUGAUGCAGCCGACGGGCGACGCGCUCAAGAAGAUAGUCGAGGCGGCGGGGUUCGUCGAUGUCACUAUAAAACAGUUUAAGCAGCCCUGGGGCGGCUGGCCCAAGAACUCGGAGAUGAAGCGCGCGGGGUUCAUCGUCUCGCUCAACAGCGCAACCGGCUUCGAGUCCUACGGCAUGGCGCCGAUGACCCGCUUCCUCGGCCUCAGCACAGAUGAGGUCCUCACCAUGUGCAAGAACGCCCAGGCCGAUGUCGAGAGCAGGAAGGUUCAUGCUUAUCAGGUCAUGUGGCACGUCCUGGGAAGGAAACCGGAGAAGGUCCGGAAGUAGGUGGGCACUGUGCACUGCGGAUUCCGUGGAGGAGUGGCUGUGUGGGUGCCUGGACCGACGGAAGGCUGUUGGAUGUGUACAUAGAUUAUGAAGUUCCG